AAUGGCGGAUGGCAGAACGCAAAAGAAUUUCUUUACGCGAUCAUUGGAGUCACUUUGGUCUUUGAUGUCUUAAACUGUAGUUUUUCAUAUGUUGCACACCUCUUACUGUUCAACUAGGCUCAGAAACUGUACGUAGCAUGAGGAUAGCGUUCAGUCGACAUGUACAACCUCCUCUGCUCUCGGCGCUCUUUCGACAGUCCAGAAUCAUUACGUUGGCGAGAUGUAUUCACAAUCGAACUUUUAACAAGAGGAAAUCUUUGUAUGAUGUGUUAGAUGUACCCCAUACUGCAACACAGGAUGAGAUUAAAGCUGCCUACUACGAAUUGUCUUUAAAGUAUCACCCAGACGUAAACAAGAGCGAGAAAUCUGAGCACAAGUUUCAAGGUUUGUUGUGCCUUUAUUGUGUUCUCUGCGCAAAUGGGUGAUGUCAGCUCCCCUGUUUUUCUGUUUGUUGCAUAAACUUAACGUUUUUAGAGGCCAAUCUGUAAUAACACCUCAUCAUUGUAGUCGUAUUUGAUCAGAAACCACGUGCAGUUUGUAAGCUGAAAGUUGUAUCCAAGCAUGAAACCUACACUCGUUUUAAAUCUUUUUACUCAGUUGUUCAUACAUGCACAUGCUUCAUAAGAGUACCUUACUCAAUGGCUAAUCUGAAAGCUUAAGUCCAAAAUUUAAUUUUUUAACCGAUGAAAAAUUAUCUCAGGCACUUUUGUCUUUUCAAUAUCAACCAUGUAUACUAACUACAUGUGUGUCAAGGAUAAUCAGAACUAUAACAAAAUUCUCGAACUUGAUUGGUUAUCAUCAAGCCUGAUUUGAGCACAAAUGGGACAGUGUACAUGUCAUGCUUGUAAUUAGAAAGUGUUACUGGACAGUUAACUCGUCCUACCUGUGUUAGUGGACAUUACAUGUUGUGUGCCUGCACAGUUGUUGUGCAUUUUGUAGAGAAAACUUUUUUGUUUUGUUUUGUUUUGUUUUUUUCAUGAAAACAUAUAACCAAUGUCUAUUUUUUUUUUGUCUAAGUUUUGAUUAAUUAGUUACUAGACUUCGUGUCUUUUAAUUCUGCCUGUAAUCAUACUCGUGAUUCACAUAAAUCAGAAUCCUCUAUUGCAGUUGUCCAAUUUUGUCAAUCACUUGAAUGAUUACAGACCAAAUUGGACUCCACUCUGUCCUGUUACCAUUAUUAGCCCUUUACACCCUAACACCAGUAUGCAUAUUCUCCAAAAUGUUAUUUUAACAUUUCUCAAGGUGCUGAAAAGGAGAAUUUGUUUGCCAAUCAAAAGGUUCCUUCCCUGGUGACCAUUUCCUUUAUUCUAAUGACCUUAAUAAUUAUGUGAUUCAAGAGUGAUAUUGCAGGGCUAAAAAUCGGCAGUUUCAUGGUCGCCAGUGGCAAGCUAAAAAUGAUCAGGGCCACAAAAAGUUAAGGUUUGAAUGCCGGAUGUGUGACUAUGCUACAGAAUUUCAAAAAGUUGCAAUGUAAAUUAUGCGAAGUACAAAGUUUAAAAUAAAACUCAAUAUGUAGUUUAAAUGGACUACCUUUCUCUUGUUUCUUUGCCUGGACCCCAAGAUCAUCCAUUUUAGUGAAUUUUUAGUUCUGAAGUGGAAAUUCCAAGCUGUUUUAACAGUAAUUUCAAGAGCGAUCCACAUUCAUAACAUAUAGAUGCCAUUUUGAUUUUGUGAUUGCCAUUGACUCUGGACUUACCCAGACUUCCGUGCAGGAUGUGUUCUUUCCUUUUAGUUAAAGGCCAUGGGGUGUUUAUUCAAGUUUUUUAUUUUAGAGGAAAGAGGAGGGCUACUUCAUUUUGGGAUGGGCCACAAAGAAUUCAAGGAAACUGGCCCAAUUGGCCACCAAGCACUGAAGUUAAUUUUUUUCCCUGAUAUUGUUGGAAGGAAUUAGAUGGUAAUCACCCUUAGAGUUUAAAGGGUUAAUUCACAGUUUGGAGCUUGACAAUAGAACAUGCACAAUAACCUGGAAUCAUCCCAUAAGUGGUGAUAUUUUGAGAAACUGUGUACAUUACUGUUAAUCAGAAACAGGUUCUUUCUUACAUUGCAUUGUAGGGUUUUGAGUCUGUGAAAGAGUUCAUUGAUAAUUUUGACACUCAAAUAUUUUAUACAAAGGAUAAAUUUAUAUGCAUUUAACACACUUUCCUUCCUUUUUCAGAAAUCACAAAUGCAUACAAUGUUUUACGUAACUUAGCAUCAAGGAGAGAUUAUGACAAGGAGAUUGGAACGUACUUCACUAUGAGAGGUUCAAAGAAGAAGGAAAGUGGAGAGAAGGUUUUGCGGCUGACAGAUGAAAUGUUGGAAAUAGAUAUGCGAGGAAUUAAACAGGUACUUAGUGCAGGACAUUGUAAUAUUUGACAGGGUAAUAUAGUAUCAUCAACUGAGUUGAUAACAUAAAUUGGCCAUCAUUAAGAGUUUAAAAGCUGACAUUUCAAACAUUAGCUCUUUGUCAUUCACUCUGAAACUCUUUGAAACUCUUUAUAAAGGUGAGCAAAUUAAAUUAUCAUGUUAUACACUCCCACCAAGGCAGGGCCACAGUUUCUUUAGAAACUUACCACUUUAUUCAUUGUAAUAUUUGCUUUACCCAUAGGCUGUACAUACAUGCACUCUUUUAAACUACAUGUAUUUUUCUUAUAUUUUUCUGUGAUACUGAAUCCUGUAUCUUAAGAAACAGUGAGUUCUUAAAUUCUUUGCGUAACUGCCAGAUAUUUUUUGUCUAGUAGUGCAGCACAAUGCAGCACAAUUGAGUGGUUUGGAAAUUGCAAAAUUAAUGUGAGAAAAAUGCCUUUAUUUUCUUGUUUUGAGAAGGUCCAAGGUCAAGAAUCAAAAUUGAGUUUUGAGGGACUGUCAACUUACUUUUGAGCAGUACUAUACAUGUCCUCUAACCAUCCUGCAAUUGAAUGUCUACUCUCCUUGUCUUUUAAUCCUUUAACUCCCAAGAUCUCAUUAGUAAUUCUCCUUACUGUCUGCCAAAUAAUUAUCAUUAUGUUAGUUUAGAGAAUUUGUUAUUGGAUCAAUUAGUAAUCCCGAAAUUGAUAUUUUGCUUUAUUUUCAUCACUUGCCUGCAUGAUAUUGUAUAUUAAGGAGAAAUUCUGUCUUGAUCACUUACAGGAUGUUUAGGGUUAACUGGAUAAUCUAUUGAAAUUUUGAGGUGGUGUAACAUAAUAGAAUUUAGAAAAAUGGUAUCUUAUUUUGGAGAUGUUACAUUUUAAUCACUUGGAGAAAAUAAAGGUUGAUGAAAUAUUUUUGUCAUAACAGAGUCAAGUGUUUCUCAGCACAAUUGCAACUUUGAGCACAAUAACCUGUACACCAGUACGACUGAUGAAUGUGUCAGUAUCAGAUGGUGGACUACAGUCACAUGACAUGAGAGUGUUACAGCUGCUGCGGCAAAUCUCCAGUGGAACACUUGCAGCUAAUACAGGACUGUCUAUGGUUACUAAUGUCCCUAGCGAGCUAGUUGGAGGGAAUUUCUCGGCAGAGGCUGGACGACUGGGGUAUGUUAACAGUGUUAGACCCUACAAAUGAAGUUCCUUUUUAUGUUUAUUUGCAGUUUGUUUUUCUGUCUUGUUUCUGUAUGUUAUAUGAUUUAAAAAAUUAUAAAAAAAUAAAAAGAAGGUCAGGGAGUGACAGUUGUGGCCACAAAUACAUGUCCAGUACAUGGGAUUUACACUGUAUAACAUAAAAGAACUAGGAUUAUUUCUCUUGCAAAACUGCAUUUAAGGAAAGAAAAUACACUUUUUUUGUGAUUUGUCUUUUAUUCUUGUUUUUGGUGGCAAGAUGAACUUUAUUGUACAGUAAUCACACUACUUUGCCACUCCAAUUUGGGUGUUCUGUCGAAAAAUCACUGGAAAUUGAUUGUUAUUGACAAUGCAAUGUUAUGCGCCCUUCUUGGGGGAUGUCAUUCAACAUUAGGUGCAUUGAAAUUCUUGUACAGGAAAUUUUCCAAGCUUAAAUGGACAAUUCUUCGUCAAAGAUCCUUGUCAUAACUGGGAUCCAUGCAUGAAUAUUUCAGUCACUUUCUUGCCACCUACAGUUUGUACCCUCAUGAAAAAGGACAUCAUUCCAAGUUGAGAUAUACAAUGUAUCUGCCCUUCUUUAAGGUUUUCAUUUUAGGAAGGGUCGAAUUCUUGUUUGCAUAUUCUAUAAUGUUACUGUAAUAAUUAUCAGCAAAAUACUUACCACUUUGGUUGAUUUGUUUUGACAGAUCCUUGAAUCUCACAGUUUCCCUUUGAUUACAAAGGCUUUUUUUUAAGCAAAGCUACUGUACAUGUUUAUAACCAUCACUUUUUUAAAUUCCUUUUUUAAUUCCUUUUUUUCAGUCACUUAAACCUGUUGGUCACAUCAGCCCUUCCAUGCUGCCCAUUUUUACCAAUUCCUGAAUACACAAGAUUUAACAGACUUCACAUAAAAGGUUCAACCCAUUCCUACAAGGCAGUCAUUAAUGCAGACUACAUCCAAAAUGUGAGUAGAUGUACCAUAUUUACUUGACUGUGUAACCAUUUUUAAGUUACGAAAAUCAGGUUUUUCAUCAUUUCUAGUCAAAGAAGUCAAAUUCAGACAGAUAGAAAUUUCCCAGAAGUUAAUCUCUUAUUUCUGGGAGUGUAUUGAAAACACAGGGAAUUAAAAAACUGCAGAGCAAAAUGUAACCAAGUGCUUUGAGGUUUAUCAGCACUCGUUUAUAUCACCAUGAUUUAAGAACACUUCGAUUUAUUGGAGAAGUAUUUUACCAUAUUUUGUAAAUCAUAUUGGUACACCAGUUUCAUCCUUGUGUAUGUGCACUACAACUUCUCUAACCCUUUACACCCUAACAUCAGUAUGCAUCUUCUCCAUACUGUUCUCCAUACAUUUCCCAAGGUGUUGACAAGGAGAAUUUGUCUCACCAUCAAGAGCUUCUUUAGUUUGUGAUCAUUGCCUUUAUUCUCUGAACCUUAAUGUUUGAUUCAGAGGUGAGACUGUUAGGAGAAAUUACAUGUUAGUCACUUUAGGAGUCAAAGGGUUUAUACAAGUUCAUCAAUUUUUGAUUUUUGAUUUUUGGUUUUUGAUUUUAUCUCUUCAGGUUAUGAAGCCGUUGGUUGGCAAGUUUGGAUUUGACUUUAACUUUGACAUUCGUAAAAGGUAUUUCAAUGCUCUUUUAUUAUUUAUAGAAAGUUCAGCUUUAUAACAUUUGUUCUAUGUUGUAACUGAACUACAUGUUUAAAAUCAGGAAAGAUAUUUUGGUAGUUUUUACAUAUGGCUUCUCAGCUUUUCCUAUUUGAAAUUUGGAGCCAACAUCUGGCAUUGCAUAUGGUGCAUUCUAAAUUUCCUUUGAUUGUGAUUGAUUUUUGCUCAUGUUUUCCACAAUGUACCUACAUAUGCACAUCAACAGGUCUUACUGAGCAUAACAAGAUGACUCAAGCACAUGCAUGAAAUUUUACCAUGAAUGUCAAGUUUGUUUUUGUUUGAAAAGAGAUCACUCAUGAAACUCAUUUUAGAUUUACAUUGAUUGUAUGAGCAUGGUUUUUUUCCAAAUCCCUGAAAAUCCAUGUUUUGAAAGCCAUCUACAGUAGAAGUGCUUUAAUUAUUUCCUCAAACUCAGAGUACACGUACAUAUGGAAGUUUUUUUGUGCCUAGCAUGGCACUGGCAAAAUUAUGCUACUGUGAAAAAGAUUUUCACAAAAUCUUUCAUGUCCAAAGAGGUGAAUAUUUUCACUGCAACUUAUCCUUAGCAUCUUUACUGCAGCUUAUCAACCAGUUAAUCUGGGCCUUAACCUUUAACUCCCAUGAGUGACCAUGACAGAAUUAUUCCUUACAAAAUCAAGCAGGCAAGUGAUGAGAAUAAAGAAAAAUAUUAAUAAGGGAUUAUUAGUUAAUCCAAUGCCAAAUUCUUCAAACUAACAUCACAAGAACUAUAUGGUAGACAGUAAGGAGAAUUACUAAUGAGAUCUUAGGAAUUAAAGGGUUAAAGUGUACAAUAGGUGUUUGUUUUUGCCUUGUAGGAGUUAUCAUCCAUACUGGGAGGGUAAAAUAUGUGUAGAGAGUCUCCCAGUUCACUCUCUGACUCCUGUUGUAAUGAAAGAAAGUGGCACUGUGAGGGAAAUCACAGGUUGGGCAUUUGUUGCUGGAGCAAAGCCUGUCAGGGUAUGGUCAAGUUGUUAACAAGAUCAUAAAUAAUUAUACUAAUUCUGGCUCUUACAUGUACUUCCAAAUUUUAAUUCAGUCCUAGUCAGUAGUAUUAGAGAGGAGAGAUUAUGUAUCAUGUGGUACAAAUGAACCAAUCAUACCCAUGACAGUAUGGGCGUCUAAGAUGGCGAUAUGAUGUAACACAAUCUCAUUGUCACGCGUGUCACGCAUAUGUGGUACAUAAUCCUCUACUCUGAAUGAGUGCAAACUAUAGUGUCAUAGUGCUCUGGUUAGUGACAGGAAUUUGGGUGGAACUAUGACAUUAGAAAAAGCACAGGGUUGAAGGGAAAAAAAUUAUCUAUUUUGUCGUUACAUUGAAGAAAGACUCAGUUAGACUAUGGCAAUCUUUUUCAAAAUGAUUUUUUAACCCUUUAACUGAAGAUCUGAUUGUUAAUUCUCUCCUCCAGCUUUUACACAAUUCCUGGCAAAUAAGUUAGGCGAAUUUGGUAUUAGAUCAAGAUAACAACUUGUACCUGAUAAGUUUUGGUGUUCUCAUUAGCCCUUUGCUGGAUAAUGUAUGGAUAUCACAGGAAGAAGGUUCAUGUUAAUCACUCCUGGGAGUCAAAGGGUUAACUGCUUGAUAAAAUCAAUACACGUUCAUUUGUGUAUCAGCUGUUAUAGUAAUUUUCAAAUGUCAAAAAUGUUUCAGAUUGCUCAGGUUAUGGCGAAGCAGGCGCAUCAGAUGUUAAAGACUCAAUUCCCACAAGUCCCACUGGAUAUCGAUAGCAGACGAGACAGAGACUGUAGAAGUGAAGGGACAGGGCAGGGGCUGAUGUAAGUCGAAAGUGAAUCGACUAACAAAUUUUUGUGCGUCAGAUCUGCUGUCACACAUCUUGUUUUACAUGGAAACUUGGGACAAAUUUCACCGUCAGGAAGUUCUGGCACAGCUGAAAAUAAUUAUGCUCAGUGCUUUACAAUUGUACAUGUAAUUGUCAUACUCGCUGACAAUGGCGAAAAAAGUGUCCUGGUUUUCAGAGUUCACUUUUUCCUUAAGUUAAAAAAUCAAUUUAUGAAGAUGCACUUGUUCCAUGUACAUGUGAGAUACGUUUAUUACCUGCUAAACCAAAAAAAAAUUGUCAUAUCAAGUGUUUUCCUUUAUCCCAGGCUAAUCGCAAAAAAAACAUCUGGCGUUUUGCUGUCGGGGACUGCCAUAUGGGAAAAAGGUUAGUUAUUUGAAAUCAAAUGUGAGAUAAGAACUUGCAUAAUUACAUGAGGUUUCCCUCGACAAACUGGACAUGAAGGUUUUGUUACAGUAAAUGAGAUGUUUGUUCAUACAAACAUGGAUAGAGGCAAGCAAAUUGUAACGUGCUGGCCUCAAUUCGCCCGAAAGUCAUCUCGCCCGAAGACAUAUCACCUGAAGCUGGAGUCAUGUCGCCCGAAAUCCUGAGUCGUGUCGCCUGAAUAAACAAUCACUUAAAAGAUGAGACUUACAGACUGUAAAUAGUCAAUAAAGUUUAGAAAUCUUUAUCACUCAAGCGCUUUUAAGACUUUGACCACAUAGCAAACGAUCAGAUGGUCAAAACUGGAAUAUGUCUGAGUAAUGACUCUCAAUGGGUUGUUUUUUCUAACAUCAAAGUGAAGCGUUGUUAGUUUGGUAUCCACUCAUUCCGUAACCAAGGAUGUUUCGCACAUAAUGUAUUAUGAAUGAUAUGCUGUACAUCCUAUUUUUUGCAAUUGUAAUAAUUUGAUAUUUUUCGUAAUGGUAGGAAUGGCUCCAGUGGAGGUUGUUUCUAAAGCUGUCCAGAUGCUGGUGAAUAAUGUGAACAGCGGUUCGUGCAUCGAUAGGCUGUUACAGGAGCAUGUAAGUUAUUUUCACCAUAACACAAUGUGGGUAUCCUGUGUACGGUUUAUUUUAAAUAGCAAAAAAUACACACAAUUUAGGAGGAGCGUCAAGAUGUCAGAAAAAUAUAUUUGGUAUCUGACGAGCUAAAAAAUAUAAGUUUCAUGUUGACGAAAAGAAGUCAUACUCUUACUGCUGAACAGGAGAAGGACCUUAUCUUUUCCUCGAUAUAUACACGCUUAGAUAUGGAAGUUAUUUGUGUUUAUGUUUUUGUUCAAAUAUGGAAUCAAAGGUUCCAAGAAUUUUUGUGUUGCUGGUUUUUUUCACGCAACUUUGUUUCUGAUAAUAGUCAUUUCCUUUUCACUAAGAGAGUGUUCAUGGUGAGUUUCUCUCUGUUUUCAGGCUAUUUUACUGAUGGCAUUGGCCUGCGGAAGGUCGUCCAUACGGAUGCAGCGGCUCACCAAUCGAGCUAAAGCUACGAUGCUGGCUGUGGAGACGUUUACAGAGGUUUGUGUGCUAAGUGGUAUGCGUCUAGAGCGCCUUUUGAUUUAUCGUCCAAAAACCGAAACCAAAUUAAUCACCAUGGCCAAUCAGAAUGAAGAAAAUAAGGAGCCAAUUGAGUCUCAUAGGAGAUAAUCGUAAUUGGCUUGAAGCGUGAGAAACUGCACCUAACUAAGACGGUGAUUGAUUUUUAAGGUGGUGCGAGUGUUUUGACCAAUCGCAGAACGUACUGAGCCAAAACCAGUAGAAUCUAAUAGUGUGUCGAAAUCUCGAGUGAAUUAUUCUUUUCUUGCACUAACCUCAACUAUAAUACCGUAAUAGAGAUCUGCUACUCGUUUCAUUGUGCGAGAAAAAGACAUUAAUUAAAGCAAAGGCUGCCCAGAUACAUGAAAAUAUAACACCCAUACCUUCGAAAAAGACGAAAAAGAAAUUGAUCGUAACGAUCUAAACUGUGAAAUCAACGCAAAGCUUUGUUUAGUGACAAUUGAUUGGCUCUACCUCCCCUCAUCCAAAUGUUUGACUGCAAAUUUCUCGGGCUAAAUUAAUGCCCAAGAGUACUACCCUGAGGCAAAAUUUGUUCCACCAUAAAAUUCUCGCUUGAACUCGAUACUUGCUGGAUGAUAGUUUGAUCUGAGUCAGUGUUUAACGUAUAACGAAUCAAAAAAGAACCAAACGAUGUUCUCUUUUCUGUAGGUGGAGUUUAAAAUCAGUUCAAAGACACCGAAGACUGUCUUGGUUGAAUGCGAGGGCCUGGGACUUCUUAAUGAGCACGUGUCGCCGGAUGACAAUUUGAAAUAUGAAUCAGCAGAUGGCGAACUUCUAUCAGAUGACGAAUACGAAACAUCUGAGGAGCUGGAUUCUGAUAAUGAAACAGUUCGUAGCGAGGAACAAGAUGAUGAACUCGAAAGAAUGAAAAAGACGAUCUGAAUCAGAGGGAAAGCCGAUUUUUAUGUCGGUCGUAAAUGAGCUUCGCAGCUGUAGGGUUAUCCCAGCUUGCCUAGCGGUCUUGCCUAAGGAAGUUACAGUGAGGCAUAACUGUUUUUAUGCCAUUCCGCUUGUAAGACUCGGACUGAAAGCUCAGUCACUGUAUUUACAAGGAAGAACGCAGAAGCGAGCUUGAAAAUGAGAAGAUGUGCGAAAAUGAGGUAGUUUGUGGAACUUCGAAGGAAUGGAAAAUGUUGAUCGACUCUGUUCCUGAAAUUCUAAAAUGAAACAACCUACAAAUUCUCGGUAUGUUCAGACGAAGGGCUAACGCUCGCAACGUCAGCUUUAGAAACUCUUUACAGUGGACAAUUUACAUUAACAAGAUACAACUUAAUUAUCGUGCAAUACAACCUCCGCCCAACCGAUGUCGCACCACAGUACCUUAGAAACUUACCCCCCCCUACUCCGUUUCACUAUGCUCUAUCGACUCGAAUAACCUUAAUACUGCUUCAUCAAGACUCGAGGUCAUGCGGUUGUUUUUUCAUGUAGAACCUUUGUCUCUAACGAUUUGGCGUUUUCCUAAACAUAGACAAAUUGUAUGGUUCACUGUGUCCAUUCAACUUUACCGUAUCUCAGUAUCGGUUCAUUAUCUCACAAGCUUACUAAAGUUCGACAUUCAGUCACCUGCUAUCAUAAACAAAUCUAUAGGGUUUUUUCCUAAUAACUCCACGAAAAGUG